UCACUAAGGGAAAUGCAGUAAAUUAGGCUUAAAACUAACGUUAAAUGACAGCAUAACUUUUGUACAGGUAUUAAAAUUAAACGCAAUUUGUCAAGGUAAAUUAAACGUUUGAUUGAAAUUAUAUAAUCUACAUAUAAAGUUAAAUACGUAUGUUUAAGGAAAUUAUUUUUUUAGUAGGAGAAUAUAUUAAAUUAUUAAAUAUACAAAGCGUAUAUUAAUGGCAGGAUUUUCAGAUGACUUGGAUUUCAACCCAUUUUACAGGGCACUUCAGACAAACUUUGGAAGAUUGUUUGAAGAGGCACAGAACCACUGUUGGCUUAUUUGUGUUCCACAGUCAAAUUCUGUAAAAGGAUUAAAGUUUUCAUCCAAUUUUGUUGAAUCCCAUAUCUUAAAGCCUUCUUCUUUCUUCACAGGACAGUUUACCAGUAUAGACAAAGGAGAAAGUAAAACAGUGGAAUUGGAAGAAAGGGUACUUAGGACUGUAAAAGGGUUUUCAAAAGAAGAAACAGUUAAGAUUCUAUAUGAAGAAAUUGGUUAUAACCAGCUACUUAAACCUUUCAAAAUUCUUAUCAUUGAAAGGCCUCUUGAUCCUGUAUUUCAUGCAUGUAAAGAUGAUAAACAAGAAGCAAACAAGCUGAUGAAUAGCACUAGUGAAGAGCGGACAUCCUUCUCAGAGUGUCAAGUAUUUCUAGAAAACUUUCCCUGCCAUGGUAAAGCUCUCAAAAUGCUGAAGAAGAAACUUUAUCAGUUCACUAAUAACUACAUGUUACUUCCUCAGUAUCUACAUGAUGCCGCUGACAGGCUACAAGACAUAAUCUCAAUAGGAGUUACAGACGUUUUACAUUCACACUCCCCUCAACUACUUCCUCAUGACCCCCUAUCCUUGGAAAUAUCUGCUAUUGUAGAAAACUAUGUCAUGGGGUACGUUCAUCAGAAGUUGUUCAGCAUUGUACAACGGAAAUUUGCUGAUGAUGACAAGUAUUUAUCAGAGAAACUGACAGAAUUGUAUAGGAUGGAAUUGACAGCUGAUCAGUUGGGAGUAAAGGAACGUUUUUGUUGUCAGUUACCUAGAGCUAAAGUGGAAUUGGCAUCAUUAGAUGGAAAAACAACUCCUGCAGAAAAACUUCACUGUCUGAAAACUACACUGGAAUUGAUAUCAGAAGAAGUGAAGCAGCUAGUUCAAGAAAUUCCACCUUUGUGCCCUUUCUCUCAGCUACAAGAAGCCUCUGUCCUGACAUCUGAUGAUUUGAUACCUCUUCUAGUCACAUUGUUGGUUCAGGUUCGACCUCGAAUGCUUGAAAGUAAUCUCUAUUACAUCCAGAACUUUCACUGGCAUCUUUCACCCAAAGAUAAGUUAAGCUAUAGUCUAGUCACUUUCCAGGCAGCAAAAGAAUAUGUUAAAUCAACUGACUUUACAUUUUUGCAGCCAUCAAGAAACAAAAUGAAGAAAGAGAUGUCCUUGGAAGAACUCAUGGAAGUCACUGUGGAACUCCAGAAAAAUUCUUCUAAGAAAGAAGUAGAGAAUGAUGGUAGGGUACGAGCUCCAAAGCCCUUUGAUAAGCAGCUUGAAAAGAUUACAAAAAUGAUUGAAGCUUCAACACAGGAGCACAGAGAUAGAGAAAACCAGGUUAUUCCUGAACAACAUCAUGACAGUGAACGACAUAAAAGGCAGGCCUCUAAAGAUGGAUUAGGAGAAUUUCUGACAAGUCUUCAACAUAAUUCUCUAGGGGUCAGUUUUGGAAAACAAAACUAAUGGUACAAGGAGUAACUGAAGAUCAAGAAAGAUUUGAUUGUAGAGUGUGUCAUUUAUUUCUGAUCUGUAAGUUACAAAAUGUUCACAGUUGCCACGUGGGUCAAAGCAAAAGAGGAGAAUUAUUGUUUGAUUGAUAUUAAUUGUUAAUCUCAUCUUCUCACAGAAGCAUUCUAGCCAGUGUUGAGAUGUUUUAUGGAGAUUAAUUAAGACAUUUUAUUACAUAAUAUUUACUUAUUUUUUGAGAAUUAUCAAGAAGUAAGUUUUAUGUUUCCUGUUAAGCAGCUAUGUGAAUAGACAUGAGAUUUUGGUUUUACUGCUAGAAAACUCCCAACUUUUUCAUUGGUUGUUUUCUUCAACAUACUGAUACUGGAUGCUCACUGAAACAUUUGAUAACAUAGGUUUAUAAGAACCUUUUAUCGAGAUGAAAAGCAGUAUUCCGUUUAAAUGCACUACUCUUUGUUUAGCUUGAUCAGUUAAUGUCCAUCAAGUGAAAUUAUUGUGAUUCCUUUAUUGUAUGUUGGUAACUAUUUAUUAGAUUAUUAAUUAUCUUCUAAUUUUUGACAAGUUAUGUAUAUAUAUACAAAUCUUUGAGUGUGUAUACUCACACACAUGUAUCUGAAUAUAUUUGUAUAUGUGUACAUUGAUUUGUCUGGUUUUAUUUCAUGAUGUGUGAAAUGUCAUCCCGAAACACCCACAAUGUUAAUGUUUUAUGGAAAAAAUUAACCAUUGCUUCAUUUUCUUACCAAUGUUUUAUCCCACAGAGUUCCUUUUUAGUUAAAAUAAUUUCAGUUGAGUGUAGGCAUUUCCAUUUUAUUUUUUAAAGAGUUUCAAAAAUGUAAGCCAUCAGAGCCAUCAGUUAGUGUGAUAUCUCUCAUUUUUGCACAAGCCUCCUAGUAAUACUUGAACCACUAGUUAAAUCAGAAUGACUGAUACAAGUACUGGUGUUCUCCAUCUUGCAACAAUCUUCCAGUAACACUUCUGCCCAGGUAAUUCAUUGUAACUGAUGCAGGUACUGGUAGUCUCUGGCUUGAUACAAACCUCCAAGUAAUACUGGUACCAUUAAGCAGGCCUGUAUAUGUAAUCAAGGUAUUGGCUUCUUCUAUUUUGACAUCGGCCUCCCAGUAAUACUGGUACCAUCAUGUUUGUCAUUAUGAUUGAUCUUGGUACUACUAUUCUACUAGUAACACUAGUACUAACAAGAAUGUCAGUGGGGACAGUAACCUCUAAAUAAUAAUUCUUUCCAAAGUCUGAAAUUCCGUUUGACGUAGAUGUGUGGAAUUUUUGAAAAAAUGUUUGUCCAAGGGACAAAGUAAUAGAGAAACCUCUUCCUCAUCUCACAAAAUACAUAUGCAAAAAAUAGAAUAUUGUAUUUGACAGUGAAUAAUGGAAACGACAGAUUCUGGAAUUCACAAACAUUGAGAAGGUGAAAAGAAGAAAAACGUGUUGAAGAAGAAAGUAUAACAGUAAAACUUAUUGUCCAAGGCAUCAGCUGAUGUGAAUUCUAUUACUAAUUAAAUAAAAAUAAGAUGAAAUUUUAAGAGUCUCAGAUUUUUAGGUAAAUACUCAGGAUAGGUAAAUACACAGUACCAUGUAAUGUAAAAUAAAGUUAAGAUUCACUAUUACAGAACACGGGCUUCUGCAUUUUCAUGUCUCCUUUUCAGCACAACUUUUGCUUGUGAAAGAAAUGCACACACAGAGCUUAUUUUAUAGUGGAAGUUCCAAGUUGUUUCAUGACACAAGGCAUCAGAAAGGUGCAACAAGUGUUAUUUUUUUACACUUGAGGAAUUGUGAUUAUCAUAUCAGCUGCAAAUUAGCCAAAAUGACAUAUUAAACUUGAAAUUAUGUCAAAAUGAGAACCGUGGAAAGCUUGCUUAUCCAAAGAUUGCCAAACAUUAACACCUCUGAAGUCACUUUAAGAAGAACCUCUUCUGAUAUCUUUUGCCCAGAAGCAACUUGGAACUUCUUGCUAUAAGAUAAGCUGUUUUUAUUUUUUUCACAAGCAAAAGAUAGACUGAAGAGAACACUUGAAAGGGGUAAAACUUGUUUCUUUAUAAACUUGUGUUCAGUAACAGUGGAUUUUAACUUCAUUUUAAAAAAACAGGGGUCUAUAAAAUUGGAAUUUUACCCACUAUUUGGAUUUUGUUGCUUGCAUACAUUGGCUCACCUUAUCCCUCAAAUGUGUGAAAACCACAAAAUUGUAAAAAAAAAUUGCUUUUAAUCUUGUUCACAACUCUCACAUAAAAAAUGUGGCACUUAUGUGUCAUUUACAUCAAGUGUUUACUUUCCAUCUGCAGUCGUUGAUUGAUUGUUGCAGCAUACUAAAUACCUUCAGCUGUGACAAGUGGCCUUAUUACCUGUGUUUCUUGUGUUGUGUAAGUCAUAGUAACCACAUUAUUGAUGCUGAAUAUACACACCACUUCAUUGCUGUUGCACCUGUGUAAUACAGGCAAAAAUAAGUUAGAAAAGGUGAGUUACUUUGUUUAUCAUGCUGAAUCCAGAAAGAGUUUACCUUAUUGAAACAUAUCAGGAUGAAAUCAUUGCAGAGAGAAAACUAUUCCUUUUUGUUUACUGACCCACCUCUCAUAAAGUCCAUCCUGUUAUAGAAGUAUUUAUGUGUGUGAUACCACCUGCUUCAGUGGAGUUUGGUAACCACAGACAUUCUUCAUGGAAAGUCCAAAUUUACAUCACCUGCAUCAAUCUUUUUCUUCAUAAAUCUCUUCCAUAAUAAGCCUUCAGGUUCUCUAGUGUGUUGGGUAAUUUCGCUAGUUUUAGCAUGUACUGUGCAACAAUAUAAUCAUACUCUGUGUUUUAUAUGAAAGUAGGCUGAUAGCAGUUGAAAAGAGCACUUACAGUUCUUAUAUAAUCCCCUAUAAAAGGUCAACAGAUUGUAGAUACCAUAUCUGGUAGCUUCCACUGGAUUGUGCAACCAGUUAUUGCUUAUACCAUACCGCCACACACAUUUUUAUGACAAGUCUUGGAAAAUUGGAUUCCUCUAUAGAAUGAAGAUUAAAGCCCUUUUGCAGAAAGAAUUGUAACUGGAUUUCAAAACACAUUAUAUGGGAUAUCCAAUUACAUCCCAAUAUCCUCUUUUAUAACAACUGCAUUAUGUGGCUGUAUCUAUUGGUGAAUGUUUUCAGCAUCAUUUCAUAAUAUGAGAUGAGUAAUUAUUAAAUCAGUAUUGGCAAGAUUUGGAACCAAGGGCUAAUACAUGUGUCCACCAGCAGAUACAACUCUUUGGUUUGACAGUUGCACUGUCUGUACUUAUUGAUAGUUUGUUUUUAGAAUGCAUGUUUGACUCAUUUUUUUGGAUGUACAUAUAAGUGCCAUCUAAAACAUCUUUGUUUUCUACUACCAAAAGCUCCCAUACAAGAGGACAGACAUGGUUAGAUAUCAAUUUCUAAAGGUUAUGUCCAAAUCUAAAAUACAGAAAAACAAUUGCUCACCAAAGCAUAAUAAACUGGGUUUAUUGUUCUCUUUACAGCAAAAGUAUUUUCCAAAUGCAGAAUUUUAGACAGAUCUCACAUGGGUACUGUUCAAAGAUGGUAUCCUGGAAGGUGAUCAUCAAACUGAGAUUUGGCUAAUCCAAUCAGAUUCAAAAAUAUUUCACCUUCAGUUAGCUUGUGAGACCCAUCAGAGUCUGUUCUUACUGCAUUGUUUUUAAUGUUUGUUUUUACAGCUGCGUCUGUAUGUGUUCUCCAAAAGGUCAAUCAGACCAAAGUUGGGUAUAAAAUGUUUUCUUUUCAGAUGAUCUUUAUAACACUGGGCUUCAAGUAGGGAUGACAGUAUAAGGCAUAAUGUAUACUGGGGUUUAUGCAUUAAGUUUUGCACCAGCCAGUUGAGUAUGUUUUGGACACAGCACAGUUGGUAUGACUGUUGCCUGGUGAUCUAAUGUACAGUCUUAAAUGUUUAGUGCUUGUACAGUCUGGUUUACUCAAGGAUGUAUCAGAAGUGGAAUGUGGAGGAGGAGCAUAGCUUGAAUUAUUUUUACCAUUUUCACUGUCAUCAGAUGUAUGUCAUUUGGAAUAACUGUAAUAUUGAUGGCAUUUAUUGGCACAUAUAACAGCAUCCUUGACAGAAAUUUUCUUCUUUAUUAAGUUGUACCUUUUUAGGUCACCAUCAUAUGAUCCUGAUAUGUCUUUUUCCUUUAAGUACACACCCAACCAAGCGUACAGAACAACUGUAUUAUUUUGGCAUGACUGAAUAAUGUAUCUUUACAAUUACUUUAUUGUAAGCCCAAUAAAUCACUCAAUAAGGAGUAUCACAAAACAUCAUUGAUUUCAUUAUCACAAGCAAAAGUGUCCCAAUUUCAUUGGAUAAUAUAAUUUUUAAUGUGUAACUACGAAAUUGGUUCUACUGAGCAUGAUGCAGUUUCAUUGGCUGAUAUCUAGAGUACAUAAGAUUAGUGCAAAGCAUAUACUGAAGAUUAAAGCUAUUUCAAGGUGGCACUCAUGUUAAAAAUGGAUGCAAAGUAGGAAAAAGUUACCUUAAACUGAGCAAAUGGCCGUUUUAUUAGUAGGCAAAUUUCAAUCUUAUAAGACCCUUUCCCCUUUUAAAAUACCAAUCAAACAUUUUAAUGAAAAUAUUAAUAAAUGAUACAGAAUAUGAAAUGUUAAAAUUAUCUUAAAUAUAGGUUUAACUUCUUAUUUAUAAAAUAAAGCUUUAAAGUGUUUAUGAAUAUCAAUAACCUAAUUGUCAUAGUUGAUGAAAAGUUAGGCCUAGGCUUGUAUGUUGUGAGAGAAACUAUAGAACGUGCAUAGAAUGUAAAAUGAUAACUUAGUUAAAUGUUUUCGGAUAAAAAUUUAAGCAGACUAAUAGACCUCCCAUCUCUGUUACAUUUUUAGUAAUAAAGUAAUAGCAUUUUAUGGUUGUAUUAUUGACUUUAUAAGUUACUUUAAAACCUAAAAAAAAUAUAAAAAUGUCACAUUAUAAUUUUUUCACAUUCUGUUCGUUAAGAGUAUUAAACACGUGCGCAUUUUAUUUUAUUUGCUAAAAGUCGCUUUCGAAGAAAUGUUUUGUUUAAUAGCAGAACGUAUCGGUUAGGUUGGACCUAUGGCGUCGAAAAGUAUAUGAAAUAGUAUUUGUAUACAGUACAGGAAACUCAGUGCUGUAGUGUAAAACCGUUUCGCUACACCAGGUGUGAUAAAAAUUACGUUGUAGUGGAGAUAUGUUAACUAAAAUUUUCAAAUCAAAAGUGUACAAACAGAAAUUCAGAUAUGUCUUUUGUUAAGAAGGCCUUUUAUUUAAUGUCAGAACUCAUCAGUUGUAUUUAUGGAAGCCAAAAACACAACUGAAAUGCUAUUGUGAACCAGCCUACGUGUGACUUAGAUACAUAUUUGUAGGUGUGUUAUUGUUAGAUUUGUAUUUAUUGUACUUUUCCGAAAUUCGUGAUCCUUUAUAGAUAUAUAUAUAUAUAUAUAUAUUGGAAUAUCAGUAUACAAAAUUCAUGUGUUAUAAUUUGCCAACGUUGUUUUCAGCCAGUCUCCGUUGUGUUGCUUGUUAAUCUUUAUGAAAACUUCCUGAAGGUCUUUAAAAAAAAGCAACGAAAAUGCAGCAACUACCUUCAGGUGAUUGUCAUGAUUAAAGUGAGAAUUUUUUUACACUUUUGGGGGAAGUUGAAACUUUAAUUGGAAGAUGUGGUUAGAUGAUCAUGAAUAACUUGUUGGAAUAAUUAACUAGAACGUACAGAAUGUAAUUCAAAAUUGAUGUUUUGUGAGAUUUAUGAUUGUAUUGGUGAUUUGUGAUAGUUUUGUAUUUUUUCAUAUUGAGAUUUAGUUUAUGAACUGGUAAAGUAUUUGGUGUAAUUAUGAUAACAAUUUAUAUUAUCUUGUUAUUUCGUACAGUAAGUAAUAAAGACCUAUUGGAUGUAUA